AUGCCACUCACGUGUCCUGUGCUGGCUUCCUCUCUGCUCCGUCUGAGCUCUUCCUGGCACAACAAGCCCAAUGGACGUCACUUGGCUCUUGCAGACCAAGCUGAAGAUUUCAGCCCCCUUGGCGUAGCAGAUGUGCCAAGCAGUGGGAUCGUCACCCAAUUGCUCACCUGCUGCAGCUUCAGCCCCGCUGAGGAUGUCCCUGCUUGCCUGGACGCCCCUCUGUCCCCCUUCCAGCGGCUGGUGCAGGCCCGGCACCUGCGGGACCUCAGCGGCGACGGAGGGGUGCUCAAGGAGGUGUUGCGCCGUGGCGCCGGGGAGCUGGUGCCCCCGGACGCCUCUGUAGCAGUGAAGUACUCUGGGUACCUGGAAUAUGCAGAGGAGCCCUUCUGCACAAACUGCUACAGGAAGCUUCCUCGACUGAUGAAACUUGGAAAAGACAUUACACUAGGGGGGCUGGAAAUUGGCCUGCUCACAAUGAAGAAGGGAGAGAUGGCAAGGUUUGUCUUCAUGCCGAAUUAUGCCUAUGGGAAACUAGGCUGUCCGCCUCUGAUUCCCCUGAAUGCCACUGUCCUGUUCGAAGUGGAGGUGCUGGACUUCCUAGACUCAGCUGAAUCCGACAGAUUCUUUGCUUUGACUGCUGAGCAGCAGGGUGUGUUUCCGCUAGAGAAGGUGUUGAAAGUGGCAGACACAGAGAGAGAGUUUGGCAAUUAUCUCUACCGUCAGCAGCAUUUCAUGGAUGCCAAGGACAGAUACAAAAGGGCACACUCCAUCCUAGGUCGCAGCCCUUCCAGUGAGGCAGAGCAGCGUCAGAUUGAUGCUUCUAAGUUGCUGGUGCUCCUGAAUCUCUCUCUCGCUUACCUGAAACUGGAGCGUCCUGCCCGAGCUCUGACGUAUGGGGAAAAGGCUUUGGAGAUUGACCAAAGAAAUGCCAAAGCGCUGUUCAGAUGUGGCCAGGCUUGUCUCUGCAUGACAGAAUAUGAAAAAGCCCGGGAUUUCCUGAUCAGAGCUCAGCAUAUACAGCCAUUUAACCACGAUAUUAACAAUGAGCUGAAGAAGUUGGCAAGCUGUUACAAGGACUACGUGGAUAAGGAGAAAGAAAUGUGCUGUCGAAUGUUUGCCCCUCUCGACUCUUCUCCUGUAUGAGCAGAAAUAAAGGACUUCCCCAGCUGAUGAAAAGAACAGUUCUCGGACAGAAAGGAGGUCUACCUCUGGGCAUGCAGAGAACUCGGGAUUG